AUGCCACCAAAGAAAGGUAAGAGCAAAAACCCCGUCAAAAAGCCGAAAAAGGUAGAAAACUUGACACCGAAAGAAGCCAUUCUUGAUUACCAGAUAGGUAACCUCCGGAAUGUGCUUUCUAGGCUGAAGUUUAAGAGAGAAACACUUAAAAAUAUGCUUAUGGAGAAGUUGCAGAUUCUCAACACACUUAAACUGGAAGGCGAAAAAAUGCUCAAAGAUACUUUAUUGAAAGUCUCAAAAGUUUCAACAUCUGAUGACACUACUGUGUCAGGUGAUGACGUGAAAAAUUACUUGCUUGAAACGUGGAAGAUAAGAGAUUUGGAGGAAAAUGAAGUUAACAAAAUUCAAGAUGAAAUCAAAUUAACACAGAAUCUUACAAAAGAUGUUGUUUUGGAGCUCAAACAAUGGCAAAUGUAUUCUGAUGUAACGAAGAAAUCAAAUGAACUGCGUAUCCAAAUGUUAGAAACAGAGUAUACUAAUAUGAAGCAACGUUUCGAAUCAAUGGUAGAAUAUUUGACCAAAGAGGAAAACCAGAGUUAUUUGAAUGUUCAAACAAAUAUCGAGUGUUCUUCGGAGCAUAUUAGAAACUCAGUAAUUGAAAAUGCUGUCGACACAUUAAAUAAAUUAUUUUCACAACAAAUGCUCCAAAACAAAUGGUUAAAAAUCGAAAAAGAAUCACUUGAUGAAAAGAUGGAACGCAUCAUGGAUGAAAUUGGAAACCUUCAGAGAGAAAACAUAGCUGCUGAAGAAGACAUUUUCCACGUUAACUUCACACAUAUGUUGAUACCUUUAUCUUUUUGCGACAUUCAGGUUACUGAUGCAGAUGAUUUACAUAAAAGUACUGUUCUUGACCUAAAUCUAGACCAGGAUGUGUUUGGUAUUGAAUGUCAUACAGCCUUGAAAAACUUUGAAAAUAAAACCUACCAAAAUAGAAGACACCUAAAUACUAUAAACGAAAGACUGCUUACUUCUGUCUGUAAUCCUGAUCUAAAGAUUCUUCAUAGAUUAAACGAAGAUGAGACACCAAAUCAAACUGCCGAAUCAGAAAGCCUUACAGCCUUUGGACCACUUGGGAAAAAAGAAAUACAAGCUUUCAUCACCAAAGUUAAAAGUUUACCCGGUGGAACUAACAUUCAGCAAGAUGAAGCUGAAAAAGCGGCUCAUUUGUACCUCAGAGCUCGCAAGAGAGAUGUGGAGCGUGCUGUGGAAUUGUAUAAAGCUAACAAGCGAAUGCGCUAUACUGAAAAUGUAGAUUCAAUCGAUCCUUUAGAAGAUGGAGUUCGACGUGAACUUCUAUCUGGUAAAUUUACUGUAUUACCCACUCUUCCUGACGAUGAAAUGGAUGCAACUGUUGCUAUAUUUACAGCUUAUCGUCAUUGGCCUCCUUUAACUACACAUAGAGAUACUUUAAAAGGUGUUCUAUAUCAGUUAGAUGCAGUAAUGAUGGAUGAGCAGUCGCAAAGAAAAGGACUUGUGGUACUGUACGAUAUGCGUGAUACAAAAUAUUCCAAUUUCGAUUAUCAUCUUUGCAUCAAAUUGUUGAAUUUAUUCAAAGGUGUUUAUCCAGCUCGUCUACGUAAAGUGAUUAUCAUUGAACCACCAUUUUGGUUCCGAGCUCCAUUCAAUGUACUGCGAUUAUUUGUUCGUGAAAAAAUGCGAGAUCGGAUAUAUUCUGUUGGUUAUGAUGAAUUAAAUGUACAUUUGCCAAAUUCCACAUUGAAACGUUUAUUUGGUCAAUUAACAUUAAACCAACAUUUUGAUUGGCUAUUAAAUUGUUUUAAACGUACUGGUCAUUUUUCACGUAUGCCAACUGAUUAUUUUAAAUUGUCACAAUUAUCAUCAUUAAGACCAUCUGAUUCAAUUUAUUCAGCAUUACAUAAUCCUUUAUUAGGCAAUGAAUUGAUUGUUCAACUUGACUUAUACAAUAAUAAUUAUAAUCAUGAAAAUGUCGAUGAUAAUACUGACAAAAUAAUUACUACUAAUACUAUUACUAAUGGUAGUAUUAAUAGUAAGGAUAUUUCUCUGUCUUCUAUUCAUGGAUCAUUACGUGUUCCUAUGAAAAAUCGACGAUGUUCAGAUGAUUUUUUACAUACAACUAUCAUAACAUCUUCGUCAUCAUCAGCUAUAACGACAAUAUCCAGAUCAUCAUUAUCUUCUAUGGUUCAUGGAUCAACACAGCCACAAUAUUAUAACACAAUAAAUGAAAGUAUUUCACCAUUAUCACGACUAAUAGGGGAUACUAUUGGUUUACAAACAUCACCAUUACCACGUCGUGGAGUAUUAACUAAUAAUCGUAUGACUGAUUCAAUGUUUGAAGCAUCUAUUAGUCAUAAUAAUAAAGAUUGUACAUCAUCAUCAACAUCAUCUAUGUUUCAUAAUGAACGACGUGUAUUCUAUCGGUCUGAUCGUCAUCUUUCUCAUUCCAACUCAUUUAGACACAGAACUAAUACAAUAACAACAUUAGCUAAUAAUAUCAGUAGUAUUAGUAAUGGUUCAAUAUAUUCCACUCAUUCACCUUCAUCUAAAGAUCAAUUAUAUGUUACAAAUCCUUUAUCGGAAACACGUUUGUCUGUAUCAGAAUUUAUCACUAGAGUGCAAAGUGUUGGUUCUAUUGGAUUAACUUUAGAAUUUGAUGCAUUAUUUAAAGAUAGUCCUGUAAAAGGUGCUUGUACGCGUUUUGCUCAAGCAUCAAAUAAACGUCGUAACCGUUAUCUAGAUGUUCCUUGUUUAGAUUCAACUGCUGUGGAACUGUCAGACAAUACUUAUAUACAUGCAAAUUGGGUUGAUGGUUAUCAAUGUCCACGUGCAUAUAUAUUAGCUCAAGGCCCAUUAGAGAAUACAAUACGUGAAUUUUGGAUGACUGUUUGGGAGCAUAAAGUCAUCACUAUUAUAAUGCUUACCAAAGUUGUCGAAGGUCAACGUCCUAAAUGUGCAUUGUAUUGGCCAACAAAAAAUUCUUCUUCCUCCUUGUCAAAAGAUCAAUCUAUUCCCCGUAGUAGUGUUCACCCAGUGGAUACAAAAAUGACCCCAACAAUCAGUGCUACUUAUGGAGAAUUUCAAGUGACUAAUUGUGGUGAAUCUAUUGAAGCUGGUGGUUUAUACAAACGAAGUGUUUUAGAAGUGACAUGUAAAUCUUCAGUAAAUGAUGUCCAUAGUUCUACUACUCAUAUUGGUGUCAGUAGAUUGGAACGCAACCGACAAAAAUCUAAAAUGAUUGUUCAAAAUUCUCUCAAGGUAGUGCCUACAAUUCAUUUCAUACAAUAAUCCUUCUUAUUCUUUAUCAUAUGGAUAUACUUUACGAAAUUUGCAGAAAAAAUAAGCUGAUUAAUCGGGAUUGAAACACCACUAUUACUACUAGUAAUAUCAAUUAUCUGAGAUCUUAUAAAUUAUCAAACUUCCCUCUUCAUCUAAUUGAAA